CGACGAUAUAUAAAUGUCAAAGGUUGACUCGAUAUGCAUACUUACACUUAAUCAACUCAAUCCUGAACAUUUCUUCUCCUCUCAAUGACUACAGAGCUUCCAACAUACUCGAAACAAACAUACCUACCUAUGACUGAAUCGUCACGAGGACACCUCCUCACUAAUAACCAGAGCUUGCAAAAGCUCGGGUUAGACAGCUCUCAACCUGCGACCUGGGAAGACGGCCUACGCAGUCCCGAUGUCGAAAGUGGAGAGUGGGAGUGGUGGUACGCCGACGCACAUCUUCAAGAUGGAUGGUUUCUCCAGGUGGCCUUCUUCUACAUAACAGAAGGAGACGGUCCCAAGACGGGACUCAUUGAUCUGAACAUCGCCAAAGACGGCAAGAAACUUUGUGACUUGCAUAAGCGCAUUGGCAGUCUCCCUGCCGAAAUUGUCGUGGCAAAAGGUCAUUGUGAUCUGCAGUAUCGUAAGAGUUACUUUCGCAGUGUCAAUGGUCUGGGCGAGUAUCACAUCUUUGUCGACCCCGAUGAGAUGGAAGGAUUCGGUUUCGACGUGGUGGUCAAGAGAACUACUCCAUCGUAUCGUCCGGGCUCAGGCCGAUGGGACGUUGAGGGUCGCCACUUCUCAUGGUUCGUAGCUGUUCCUGGCGGCCAACUGACCGGAGAGGUCACUGUCAACAACACCAAAACCAAGGUUGAAGGCAAUGCCUACCAUGAUCACAACUGGGGCAACGUCCCGAUGGAGACGAUCUUGGAUAACUGGCUCUGGGGACGCGCUGAUGUGGGUGGCCUGUCUAUAGUUUCCGCCUCAGUGCGAUUCCGCCAAGACUGUGGUGGUCGUGAGGUCCCUCUUCUCUUCGUCGUCCGCGGGAACGAGGUCCUUGUGGAUGUGAGCGACGACCAACUUGUGUGCUUGGAGGGAGUCAAGAUCGCACAGCCAGAUACAGGCAAGCCGACCAGCUCUGAUUGUAUUUACCUGGUCAAGACAACGGGUGACAACCUUGCGCAGGUUCGCUUUGACGGACAGGAGAAGGUGAUCGCGUCUUUCCCUUACCCAACUACGAGUCAGGAGUGGGAGACAUGGUAUACAAGGUAUGCUGGGUUGGUAACGAUCAAUAUCAUAGAUGGAGACAAGCGGGUAUAUGUCUCUGAUCAUGGCAGCUUGGAGGUGAUGGACUUCUUCGGCCGAAGGAAGGUAUGAAGGGGAUCAUGGGCAGAACCUUGUUUCAUCAUCAUCCCCAAAACCAGUGUUGAUUAGUUUACGACAUUGCAGAUCUACAUAUGACUAAGGACUUAGGAACAACGCAUCUCAUCUCUUUAUAUUUAAUCAUGGGCUUUCAGGCUGGCAGUGAAGGCUUGUGGCAUGGCCAACUCUUUU